AUGUCGGAUGCGGCGGCGCCCAGGACCGGCGCCUCCGCCAUCGUCGCGUCGGACGCAGCUGCGCCCAGCACUGGCGCCUCCGCCGUCGCUGCGUCGGGUGCGGCCGCGCCCAGGACCGGCGCCUCCGCCGUCGCUGCGUUGGGUAAGGCCGCGCCCAGGACCGGCGCCUCCGCCGCCGUUGCAUCUGCCGCGCCCGUCACCGGCGCCCCCGCCGCUACAGAGUUAGGUGCUGCUGAGUCUGGUAAUGAUGCGCCUGUCAGCACCGCAUCGGGCACCAUUGGGCUGGCAGAGGUCACUAUACCUGAGGAUCCCGCACCCGCCGUCGCCGCUGCUAUCGCUGCCGAGGCCGCGGUCACCUGGGCACCAGCUGACGAGCCGGCGAUGGAAGAAGAACUGCUGGGGCGAGGAGCCCUGGCAACAAAGCGGAGAAGCCUUCAGCAAAAGCAGAAGCACCUAGCACAGGGGAAGAGAGCAGAGUAA